AUGGCGGCGGACAAGCGGGCCCACCACAACGCGCUGGAGCGCAAGCGCCGGGACCACAUCAAGGACAGCUUCCACAGCCUGCGCGACUCCGUGCCCUCGCUGCAGGGCGAGAAGGCAUCCCGGGCGCAAAUCCUGGACAAAGCCACAGAGUACAUCCAGUACAUGCGCCGGAAAAACCACACACACCAGCAGGACAUCGACGACCUUAAGCGGCAGAACGCGCUGCUGGAGCAGCAAGUGCGCGCACUGGAGAAGGCGCGCUCAAGCGCGCAGCUGCAGGCCGCCUACCCGCCCACGGAGAGCAGCCUCUACACCAACGCCAAGGGCAGCGCCAUCUCCGCCUUCGACGGCGGCUCCGACUCCAGCUCCGACUCGGAGCCCGACGAGCCGCAGAGCCGCAAGAAGCUGCGCGUGGAGGCCAGCUAGACCGUGCGCCCGGACUCACUCCCCGCCCUAGCGGAGCCUCUCGGACUG